AAAUUAUCCUUUUGUCUAUCUCUUUAAUUUUAAUGCUGAAACCCACUAAAAACAUUACAAUGGACGGUGAUUUUGUAAUGCGUGAACGCAUAUCUGGUGCAAUUAACGCUUUGAGUAUUUCGCCCGAUAACACUUCAGUUGUUGUUGCUGGACGAGAAAUAUUAAAGGUAUAUAAUCUUCAAAAGACAAAAAUAGUAGAAUCAUUGAAUUUAAGAGCGGGGAGUCACUUCAAUUUGAAUUAUAGUAGUAAUGAUGUGAAAUGGGGAAACAAUGCAACAAAAACAAAAAUCGCUACAGCGGCAACAAAUGGUGCAAUCAUUCUAUGGGAUUUAAAUAGAAUUGGCCGUAAAGCAGAACGAGUCAUUACUGAACAUUCCCGUGCUGUCAAUCGAAUUAGCUUUCAACCCGACAAUGGUAAUAUCCUUUUAAGUGCAUCACAAGAUGGUACAAUGAAAUGUUGGGAUUUUAGAGAUCCUAAAAAUGCUGCUCGAUAUCGAUUUGAAGGAAAGUCAGAGUCAGUACGUGAUGUUCAAUUCAAUCCUGUUAACAUUUAUGAAUUUGCUGCUGCUUUUGAAACAGGCACAAUUCAGAAAUGGGAUAUGCGUAACCCAAAGGCAUUGUAUAAUAGAAAAGUAAGUGCACAUAAUGGCCCAUGUUUGACUGUAGAUUGGCAUCCAAAUGGAAAGUUUGUUGCAAGUGGUGGAAGAGACAAAACAAUUAAGGUAUGGGAUAUGACAUCAGAUAAUAGACGACCUUUAUAUACAAUUAGAACAAUGGCAUCAGUUUCACGUAUUCAAUGGCGACCUGGAUUUGAAAAUGAAAUAGCAUCUUGUGCAUUACUUACAGAUAGUAGAAUUCAUAUAUGGGACAUAAGAAGACCUCACAUAGCCAAAUACACAUUUGACGAGCAUGAUACAACACCGACAGGAUUUCUAUGGUUAAAUUCUAUUGAACUACUUUCUGUUUCAAAGGAUAAAUGGUUUAUUCGACAAAAUAUUAAAGGAGCUCAGCGUCCGUUUGAUCUUUUAAAACGAAAUGGAGUAGGAUGGAAUAUACAAGGUGAUAUUGCAUUUGCUAUCGAUAACAGCUCUCGGAAUUUGUUUGUAGAUGAAAGUUUAAUAACAAGGCCUCAUAAUAAUGAUUUAUCCAAAAAUUGGAAACGUUCUGUACCUAAGCAUACAUUAGAAGAAGAAAUAAAUCAAUAUAUACCACCACAGAGUUGUGGAAUUGUCCAUAUGCCUUUAUUUGACUUUAAAGCGUUUUCUGUUUUUGCCGAAAAUUAUAUUAUUUCAAGUGAUGAUGUUCCAUUAGCCUGUGCAAUUAAUGGAGAAUUAGCAUGGAAGAUGGGUAGAUAUCGCACAGCUCAAACAUGGAAAAUUAUAGGCAUGUUUUAUAGUGAAGAGCCUGAUACAGAAGGGUCCAUUCAUGAUUCUCAAUUGAGUGCUACGGAAAACAUAGAAGGCAUUAAAGAAGAAGAAGAUAAUGGAAGUAGUUUUCAUAUACAUGAAGAAACCUCUCAUUCAUCAAACGAAGAAGAUUUAGAUAGUUCAAAUACAAGUGAAUCUUCAUUUAAUCAGGAUUUAUUAGUUAGUUUUAAUACGAGACUUCCUUGGAGGCAUGAGCCAGUUGUGAUGGAUUUAUUAGAAUAUUAUACAAACCAAGGGGACGUGCAAAUGUGUGUUACUUUAUAUCUCGUAUUAGAGAAAUAUUUAAAUAUUGAUAAUGAGAGGUUAGAAGAUUGGUUUAAUGCGUAUAUUGAGCUUUUACAGAGAUUUAAACUUUGGUCUACUGCAACUGCUAUUAUUAAAGCAUGUAAAAUACAAAAUGUCAGAGAGCGUAAUGAGAAUGCAACCACAAUUAAUGUUGCUUGUAAUACUUGUUUUAAACUUGUCAAUGGUACAAGUGGUGGAUCUUGGGCAUGUGACAAAUGUCGCCGUUUAUUAAAUCCUUGUACUAUAUGUCAUCAAACAGUUCAAGGUCUGUAUGUAUGGUGUCAAGGAUGCAAUCAUGGAGGGCAUCUUACUCAUAUGAAAGAAUGGUUUACUACUGAAAAGCAAUGUGCAACUGGAUGUGGGCAUACAUGUGUUUUACAACCUUUAUUAUCAAUAACAACAACCAAACCUAGCAUUUAAUUAAUUCUAUUCGGCUAUUUAUACCAGUAAAUAUUAUCUCUUUAUAAAAAGUAAACAUAUGAAAUCAGUUUUCAUUUUCUUUAGCAGCUGCUCUAAAGAAUAUACUGCAUUUAUAUUAUUGUAUAUAUCGAAGUUUUCUAAAAGCCCUUAGAGCUAAAUUAAUGACUAAGAUCUAGUAGAUCGCUUGAUAAGCUUCUUUUGUAAAUACUUGAUGUUUUACUAUUCUAAGAAAAAAAAGGAAAAGUCUAGUAUAUUAUUUACGUAAUUAUUAAUAUUGUAGUAGUAAUCUUGCUCUUAAUUUAUU